UAAAUAUAAUACCCCCACACACACACUCAUUUCAAGCUUAAUUAAGGGGUUCAUAAUUAUUACAUAUGCAGCUUUUUCUCAAAUGUUAUUAAAGUAAGCUAAUCCAUAUUCAUCACAUAAUUUCUUGGUUUAAUUUAUUUAUGAUUAGUAUAAUGUUACACUUGAGCUGAUAAAUAAGAGAAUGAUCAUUCGCCUUAAUCUGACCAAUUCAUAUGCUCUGGCAUAUAAUAUUACUUGCAAUAAACACCAAACACACAAACUAUGCUAGACUUUGACAUUUGUUGUCAACCAAUGCAACAGGUGUUUAGUAACUUGAUUUGAUUUUUUUUUUAAAUUUAAUUCCAAGCUGAAGCAGAUUUUCAUAAUAGUUUCCAGAACAAGAAUCUUUGUUGAUAAUGGCUGAAAUUCAGGUGUCAUUUUCAGCCACUAUUUUACAAGCUUUUAUUUAGUCUGUUGCUUAAAAAUAAAGUAGCAAUUAAGAUAAAUCUGAGUUAAGAAAUCCACAUUAUUCCUACCAAACUCUCUGACAUCUCAAUUUAUAAACCUGAAGCUUAAAUGUGUGUUGAUUCAGACAUAUCAAAGUUGCAAACAUUUUUUAAUAUGUCUAAGCAGUAUGAGAAGAAACAAGGCAUGGAGAGGAGCAGGAGGGAGAAGGAGAAGGCGAUGACUAACAUAUUUUCGAGGAAUUUGAAGAGAAUAUACCCCAUCGGCCUGCAAAGGACUUGCUCCGCGCUUUCCCUAUCUUCGCUAUCUCUGUCUUUGUCUCAGAACUCAACUGAUUCCUCCUUGACAGACUCCUCCACCCCUAUUGAUCACAAAAUAUCAUCAGCCCUUCGUCUCAUCGCCCCUGCUCAACGCCGCCUGCCAAAAAUAGUGCAGCAGCCUGCUCUUCCCAUUGAGGAAGCUCCAAGGAGAUGCAACUGGAUUACUACAAACAGUGACAAAGUGUAUGUACAGUUCCACGACGAAUGUUGGGGAGUUCCAGUUUAUGAUGACAAUCAGUUGUUUGAGCUUCUUGCAAUGUGUGGAAUGCUUAUGGAUUUCAACUGGACCGAAAUCCUUAAAAGGAGAGAACUUCUGAGAGAAGCUUUUGGUGGCUUUGAUGCUAACAUUGUGUGCAAAAUGGGAGAAAAGGAGAUUAUUGAGAUAGCCUCCAACAAAGAGCUAAGCUUAGCAGAAUGCAGAGUUAGGUGCAUCGUGGACAACGCAAGAUGCAUAACCGGGGCAAGUGUUGUGAGAGAAUGUGGAUCUUUGAGCAGCUACAUGUGGGAAUAUGUGAGCUACAAACCAAUGAUGAACAGAUUCAAGUACCCAAAGAGUGUCCCAUUGAGGAGCCCCAAGGCGGAGAUGAUCAGCAAGGACUUGGUGAGACGAGGGUUCCGCCUCGUGGGGCCCGUUAUCGUCUACUCGUUCAUGCAGGCCGCCGGAAUGACCAUCGAUCAUCUCGUUGAUUGCUUCAGGCAUGGGGAGUGUGUGAGCCUUGCAGAGAGGCCAUGGAGGCAUGUCUGAUAAUUACUAAUUUAAUUAAUUGCACAAUUAAUUAUGUACUUAUUUAUUUUACCUGUGUUAUUGUUUGUAAGUUAUAUGUUUAUUAUGUAAUUAAGUAGCAUGUAAAGUUAUUUUCAUGUAAAUUAUACCAUGAGGAUUUAUUAUUGAACA